ACAUGUAAAUAGAGACUUGUGUAAGAAGCGCCUCAUCGCAUGUAUCGCUUUCUAUGGGACAAAACCUUCAACUCAAAGGUAGGUAGUGUUGUCCACACCAAAACACAGUACCUACCCAAGAUUUGAAGGUUUUUACCCAAUAGAAAGCGCUACAGGCGAUUAAGCGCUUCUUACACAAGUAUCUAUUUACAUGUGGCACUUACAAGGAAUUGCACUUAGGCCGACGAGAUGCUGUAGAUUUUAGUUCAGUGUAAACAAAUCUACAGAAGCAUGUGUAACUGUGAUGAUGAAAUGACCUAUUACUUUCGCGUUUAAACUGUUCAUCGAGAUAGUACUCAAGCGUGUGUAUGAAAUAAGUUGGUUUGAUAUUUUCAUGAAUUCUGAUAUUAGAUCAACGGAAAGUGACUACAGAAUUGAUUUCUCCACCUCCUCAUUCUGACUAUCUGGGAUGGCUACUGGGUACAGCAGUCGUGCGGUUUUCUAUUCGAAACCUGUCCAAUUGCAAGAUUUGGCUUGUGUUAACGUGGCAUCGUAUUUGUGGUACUAUGAAAAAAAAGACAAAUAUUAUGGAACAAAAACAAUCAUUCAACUCAGCCAGCUGCCAACCGUAAUUCAGAAUAUGAUCUACGAGAAUGUUGAUGCAGUAUCUCAAAGUCUAAAUCGAUGGUGUUCAUUAAAUAGUUACCUUUUUGUGGAGUCUGCAGAGAAUGCAAACAUAUGUGAUUUUGAAUUGGUUGAUCUAAUUUCAUGGAGCGCAGCUGAUGUCAUCAAUUACCGCGAAACAGCUUGAAAAUUGAUUCGAAGUGAUAAAUUGAGCGGCAAGCAAAAGUACAAAGUGGCGUGUGUCUACUGUUUCCCGGAGGAUAUCGAGGCAUUUGUGUCUGAAAAGCACGAAGAUUCGCAUCCUUUGGUGGAGUACUGGAAUUGUAGGAUGGAAAACAAAGCAAAUAGCUCGAUUGCAGAGAAUAACGAGUACAGUUCCCCUGAAGCCGCAAUAUUAUGGAACUGCGAAGCUAACGAUGGGUGGAUUACUUUACCAGCAUUUCAGUUCCUUUGGCAGUAUCUCACUGAUGAUGAACGAAUGCAGAUAAUAAUCAAAAGAUGCCGUGUUUUAAAAAACUUUCUAUCGUAUGCGUUGUGUAACCUGGAUGAGAAACAACUAGACUGUGUGGUUGAAUCAAACGCGGCGCAAAUUUUGAUCAUUUUGUUUCAUGAAUCUCAAACCGUUUUCAUGCUUUUAUGGAAUCACGUCAAAAGUAGAAAUAUAAUCACUGUAAGCAGCUUCUUUGAAAUUAUGCUCCAUUUAGUGCAAAAUGGUGCGCCUCUUGGGUAUACAGCAGCUUUUGACGUUUGGAUCAGCGCUUCUGAUGAGUUGAGGAAAGAAACGGUGAUUAGUCAGAACGCAGAUAUUUUACUGAAACGUUUAUUAAAAACCCAUAGUUUAUUAGAUAUUCGAAAUGUUCCCGGUGAAACCAGAUUGCUGAUGGAGUUGUUAUCUGCAUAUCCUUCUGAAAAACGAGAAACAAUUUGGAACGAACUAUGGGAAAAUAUCAUCUUUGGUACACCAGUCGAGUAUAUGCAAAUGGUAAUGAAACGAUGUCUGGGUUGUGACGAUAAGAUCUGUAAGUUUAAGAAGAUGUAUCUGUGUAAAUACUCUGAAAUUGGGCGUUACCUGCGAUAUUUGUUGUAUUGCAAUGGCUUUCAAACAUUAAACAUGUUUUUGUCGUUUAAGUCGUUUAUCACAGAUGACACUGAGAUUAUUCGUGACUUGAGAAUCAAUCUCAUGAAAUCUGUUCAUUUUUUCGAUGGUUACUUUUCGGCAUUCAAAUCUGGGUCUGCUAAAGAAAUAGCAACAUUUGACAAAUUUAUCGACGAAACGCUUUCUGAUGCGAGCCAAUUGGAGGAUUUCAAAAAAUAUCUGAUUAUCCGUGAGGAUCCUUCGCACCAUGUUUUUAAAAGAACGAUGAUGGAUGGAGAAUUCAAUUCGAAUAUCCCAGGCUUCUGUGAUCAUGUUCUCUCUUCAAUGCCACAUUUAUUAAACCAAGUCAAAAAUAUGUUAUUGGAAUAUUGUUAUGAUGCGGUAGACUACGCUUGUUUUGGCCACGAAUCAACGUCACAUUUUACAGAUUGGGAGAAGACUGUAAUGUGGUGUUUGAACGAAGAUAUCCAUUUAUUGGAAAAAUUCAAGCGAAGGUUUGAUGUUAAUUCUGUGUUCUGGAUGUGGAUAAAUAAAUGUAUGCGGGAAUUGAAAACAAUGAACUUGGAACUGUGUGUAGAUGAAAACGGAGUGUUUCGUAAUUGUUAUUUUGAGGCGUUGCAAUGUCUUCUUCGUUGGUUACUCGAGGACAGUGGUAAAAUUCUAGAUUUAAAAAGGGAUGAAUUUGAGACUGUGAGGCUGAGUAAAAAAUACAAGUUCUUGCUAAAAUCAAAUAAACAACCGCAGAUAGACGCAUUAAGAAAGUGGUUUUUCCAUAUUGACGAUGUGAAUGUGUAUUACUCUGAUAAUUUUGAAGCUUCAUUGUUUGAAGAAUGUGUUGAUUAACUUAAGAUAUUUAGAGGCUACCAUUGUUUAUAACUAACCAUUUUCAUUGUAAGUACUAAUGUGCAUAACAUACUAUUCGCAUAGUUAGUAUUACAACUAUUUUGUGUACUUAUAUGAGAAAUUCAUUUCUAUGUGUCUAUCUAAGUAUGUACCUACCUAUUGAUAGAAAAUAUAAUUUUUGUAUUCAA